UUGUUACCGUGAAAAAUGUUGAUAGCGCACCAAUGAUUCUGAGUAUUAUAAAGUUUGGCGAAAACCAAAAUCAUAAUAGAAUUCACAUAUGGAUGAAAUACAAAACAGUGAAGAGGUGACAUAAGAUAGUCGACAAGAAUCCGUUGUAGUUCUUAUUUGCGGUGCGGAAGCGCUGCUGGCAUCCGGAGAAGACCCACACUCAAGUCAGUGACAGAAUUAUGACAGACGUUAUUGAUGCCCCAGUGGCUGGAACACCACUGUCAAAGGAGGAGGAGGAGGAGGAGAGGGCUGCUGACCAAACAGAUGAUGUGGAGGACAGCUUGAAAUCAGAACCCAGUGCAGAGGCAGCGGGCGAAGUGAGCUCUGACCCCAGUAAGUACCGCUACAUCAAAGGGGAUCUCUUCACUUCUGAGAUUUACAAAGUUGAAAUCCAGAAUCUGCCCAAGUUCAUCGGCUUCAAUGACCUCAAAAAGUUUCUGGCAAAACACGGUGUCAAUUCACAUAAGAUCAAGCUGUUCAGCAAGCAGACCUUUAGCUUUGUUACCUUCAAAAAUGAGGAAGAGCGGGACAAGGCCAUGAAGAUGGUGCACGGCAUGCAAUGGAAGGGCCAGGUGCUCAGUGUUAAGCUAGCCAAGCCCAAGGCAGACCCCAUCCUACGGAAGAGGAGGCAGGAGGAGGGUGACGGUGCAGGAGGGCAGCCCCCCUCCAAGCGACAGGAGGUAGAUGAAGAGCAGCAGCCCUUCAGUGUACAGAUAGCCAACGUUGUGACACCUCUGUGGAAUGUUGCCUAUGAGGAGCAGCUGAGGAGGAAAGAAAAGGAGGUCGAAGGUGUUCUGCAGAGAUUGGCUAAAGAAAUUGGCAGCACCAACAAAGCAAUGUUGCCUUGGCUGUUUGCGCAGAAAGGAAAAUAUAACAGAAUGUGUUGUCCUUUAGAAGCCAUUCGGCCAUCUCCUUCUCAGACCGAAUACAGAAACAAGUGUGAGUUCCUUAUUUCAAUGGGUGCAAAUGGGGAGGAUAAGACGAUUGGUUUCCGCCUGGGAAAAUAUAAAGGUGGCUCCUGUGCUGUGGUGGGACCUGCUGAGACGAUGCAUGUCUCUGCUGAGGCCAAGAGAGUGGUCAGCGAGUUUCAGAAGUUCAUCAGGACAACGCCGUAUUCAGUGUACAGCCCUGAAACAUAUGAAGGACACUGGAAACAGCUGACAGUACGCACCACGAGGACCAAACAAGCCAUGGCCAUGGUGUUCUUCAACCCACAGAAACUUGAGGAAGAGGAACUCAGUGCACUAAAAAGCUCUUUGGGCAAGUACUUCACAGAAGGAGAGGGGAAGGACAGCGGUGUGACCUCUUUGUACUUUGUUCGAGAGGGUCAAAGGACAUCCCCUAACCCGGAAGACCUGCCCUGUGAGCUGGUGGCUGGAGAGGGACACAUUUAUGAAGAACUGCUGGGUCUGAAAUUCAGAAUAUCCCCUCACUCCUUCUUCCAGGUGAACACAGGAGCUGCAGAGCUGCUGUACUCGGCUGUGGGGGAAUGGGCUCUGCUGAAUCAAGAGAGCACAGUGCUGGAUGUGUGCUGUGGGACAGGAACCAUUGGCAUCUCUCUGGCCAAGAGGGUAAAAAAGGUGAUUGGGAUCGAGCUCUGUCAGGAAGCAGUGGAAGAUGCUAAAGUCAAUGCUAAGCUCAAUGGGCUUAGUAACAUUGAAUUUCACUGUGGGAAGGCUGAAGAUGUGUUCCUCAAUGUUCUCAACGCUGUUGUGUCGCCCAACAUCACAGCCAUCGUGGACCCUCCAAGAGCAGGCCUACAUUCCAAGGUGAUCCUUGCCAUUAGGAGAGCAGAACAUUUAAAGAGGCUGGUUUAUGUGGCAUGCAAUGCCAAGGCAGCCAUGAAUAACUUUGUUGAUCUUUGCAGAGCACCGUCAAACAGGGUGCGUGGAGCCCCGUUCCGUCCAGUAAAAGCCAUGGCUGUGGAUCUCUUCCCACAAACCAUGCACGUCGAGAUGCUUCUGCUCCUUGAGAGGGUGGACUACAGCUCCAAGGAGACUAGUGACAAGCAAAAAGACUCCACCACAACAGAAACACAUUAGCCCGUUACCAACCCAGUAUAUCUUAAACAAGUAGACUAUUACGAGUCCUGAGUUAAGGGUUUAAUUCCCACAAAGGCUACUUGCUGGUGGUAGUACCACAGUAAACUUUUGGAUAAAAAAAUGUAAUAAGUUGAUUGCAUUCCUACCCUCAUUUAAUUUUUGUUCCCCCCUUUAACACUUUCACAGGGGCAGAUAUGGAUGUUAUGGAAAUAAUUGUAAAGGCUGUACUAAAGUUUGUCCAGAGCUAAAUUUCUGUACACUCGAGUGAAAUAA